AUGGUGCCCGGGGGCGGGGCCGGCGGCGGCGACGGCGGCUGGCGGGGGCCGCCGGCCCGGGACCGACCGCCGGGCUGCCGGGCUGACGGGCGGGAGCUGGGGACGCACGCGAGAAGCGGCCCUGAGCCAAGGAACUCUCGAAGGAGGGGCCUGGGGCGGAGCUGGGAGUAUCUAGGGGGCAGCCCGGGCCUCGAGGGGAGGACUGUGGGCAGAGGUUAUCCCGCGAGUGCUGGGGAGCGGCCCGGCAGGGGUAGGGCCGAGGGUGGGGGUGGGGGGCCGGCUGCCCCGCGCCCAGGCCGGACGCGCGCGCAGCUUGCGGCCGCGGGGACGGGGUGCGGGGAGACCAACCUGGGCCCGGUCCGGAGCAGUGGGUCCGGGACUGGCACGGCCUAG